AUGCUAAAGUCAACUUAUACUCCAGCACCCGCCUUACCACCGGGAUGGACUGAGCACAAAGCCCCCUCAGGGCAUCGCUACUAUUAUAAUUCUGAGACCAAGCAGUCGACAUACAGACGGCCGGUCGAAGAGACUCUCCCCGUACAAGUUGCUGUGCCGGCUGCGUUGCCGUCAUAUCCACUGCCCUUCCAAGUACCCAUUCAUACAGCACGAGGAUUUGACCCGAACUUCCAAGGGGCCCCUAGGACUGGAAAUGUACAUAGAAAACACCGUCACCCCGAAGAUCGACCAAAGACCAAACACGCUAUACCCGGAUGCGCACCGUGGGUUCUUGUGAAGACAAGAUUGGGCCGUAGAUUUGUCCAUAACCCAGAGACAAACGAGAGUUUUUGGAAAUAUCCAGCGGAUGUGAUAAAAGGCGUAGUGGAGUAUGAUCGUUUUGAGCGAGAGGCCCGAGAAAGAAGUGAGAAAGAGGAGGAGGGGACGCAGGGGGUAGAAAAUGAAUCUGACCACACACCACAGCCAACCCCAGAAGACGCCGAUACGCCUGAGAGGAGGGACUCGGACAGCGAGUAUGAGGAAGUAGAGGUGACAGAUGAUGAAGAGGAUGCUCCCUCAAAGCGGCUCAAGGCCGAUGAGGAGAUUAACGGCCAUGUUGAAUUCAAUGAGGAUGAUAUUGAGUAUCAACUUGCUGCCAUGGCAGGUGAUUACGCAGAUGAUGCCGGCGAAUACGAUGGGCCCCAUGAAGGUGAUUGGCAAGAAAAUAUGGAGGAGGCACCGCUAUCUGAAGCGGAUACUGUCACCCUGUUCCGAGACUUGCUAGAUGACUUCCGAAUAAGCCCAUACACCCCUUGGGAAAAUAUAAUUGAAGAAGGGAAAAUAAUCUUUGACCCAAGGUACACAGUUCUGCCGAAUAUGAAAUCAAGGCGAGAGGUUUGGUCAAACUGGAGCCGUGACCGAAUUCACGAACACAAGGAGAGGAAGAAAAAAGAGCAACUGGCCAACCCUCGAAUUGGGUACUUUGCUUUUUUACACGAACACGCUACCCCAAAACUUUACUGGCCUGAGUUUAAGCGGAAAUAUCGAAAGGAACCGGAUAUGAAAGAUGGUCGGAUGCCAGAAAAGGAGAAAGAAAAGCACUACCGUGAUCAUGUUGCAAGGCUGAAGCUGCCAGAGAGUACCCGGAAGUCCGAUCUUUCGAUGCUGCUGAAAUCCAUUCCGCUAUCUUCCCUACAUAGGUCAACGUCAGUUGAUUCUCUGCCGCAGCAGAUUUUAUGUGAUCUUCGAUACAUAUCUCUUCCUACACAAAUCCGGGACGAGCUCAUUGAGUCUUAUAUCCUUACACUUCCUCCUGCACCCGAGCAACCAGACAUCCAGGACGCAGAGGAGGAAGAAGAGCGCCUAAAGAAAGAACAAGAACGACGGAUGCGAGAAAAAGCUUUACAUGAUCGUGAAAUUAGAGUGCAGGAAGAAAAACGAAAACAACGAAGAGCUGUGAUACAGGGCAAAGAUUCCCUUCGCCAGGAAGAUGCAGAAAUUCAAAGGGCUAUGAGGAUAGGUAGGGAAGGCUUAAAAAGCUAUAUUGAUGAUGCCGCGCCAGAUACAUAG